AUGUAUCACACGUCGUCCUCGCCGCCGUCGUCAUCAUCGUCGUCACCGCCACCUCCACCACCACCACCGCCACCAACAUCGUCAUCUACACAACAACUAUCAUUACAAUCAACACAACCGUCGCUGCCAGUAUCAUCGUCAGCAUCAUCCGGCGGGACACAUGCCGCCACAUUGCCGCGUCCGUCAUCAUCAUCAUCCGGUGGUGGUGGUCGUUUCCAUCAUCAGUGCCACCAACAACAGCACCAACAGCCGCAGCGAUCUCUUCAGCAGCAGCACUUCCAGCUGGUGGGCAAAGCCGGAAUCAGUUCCAAUCCGGCACUCCAACGGGUGUCCCCUCCUCUCAUUGCAUUGAGCCAAAAUCAAACGGAGCCAAGGCCGAUCGUCUACCAGAGUGGCCACCCGAAUCAACAGCAACAGCAGCAAAAGGCCGGGUCAAGACCCACCUACGGUGCCUAUACGAAUAACACUUUACCGCGGGGGCCUUAUCUUCAGUAUAAGUAUAACAACGUUAGCAGUAUUCCGAACGGUGACAAUAAUAAUGCGACUACCACCACCACCAUCAGCAACAGCAACAGCAGCAGCACCAGCACCAACACCAACACCAACACGACCACCAACCCGAACAUCAAAACCAACGACAGCAGGCAUGACCUGCAGGCCAGACAGAUCGAAGCUCUCCGUAGCGAAUUCAUGGAACUGGCCAGCAGUCGAGCCCAACAGCAGCAACGAAGGCUUCAGCAACAACAGCAGCAACAGCAACCAAUCACUACCACCAGCACCACCACCAGCAACAACACAGGCAGUGCCAGCGGUGACGAACGGGAUUCGCUUCGAAGCACCCGGUCCGGAACGUCGACCGCCUCCUCGACGGCCACGGCGGCUACAGCGAUCGUUGGCACCGUCGGAACCUACCAGCACUACCAACAACAGCAACAACAACAACAACAACCACCACCACCACAACAUCAACCACAAAAUCAAGCAGGCUGUGCUAGUAAUAGUAGUAGUAGUGGUAACAAUAGCAAUCGUCAAAGUAGCAGUAGUAGUAGUAAGCAUCAUCACUACCACAACCAUCCACAUCAACAACAGCAGCAGCAGCAUGACAUUAGUAUGGGUAGUUUGAAUCGAGCAACAAGAGUGCAGCCGGUGCCGGUGCCGGUGUCGGUUAGUGGAGUGGCACCGGGCAGCGGAGGACGGCCGCCUCCGCCGCCACCACCGUCGUCGUACGGUUCCGGUUCCGGUGUCGGCGGUUACUGUCUCAACUAUGUCAACCUGGCCGACGUGGUGACGCUGAAGCGGGUCAGCCAACCGGAGGGUUGGGCGCUGCUGUGCCAAUCGGUGCAGGCUCUGCAGGAUCUUUUUCUAGCCGAUACACCGUCAAUUACGAAAGUACGGCCGCUGAUUUCGCCCACCGGACUGCAGAUUACGUCCCGCGGUCGGGUCGUGUUCAAUCUGGUGUCGGUCCAGCAGCCGCUGGUGCAGGAAGGAACAGCCGGUGGAGGCGUGCCGCCUGGAACCGGCGGCGGCGGUGGUCCUGCUAGUGGCGGUGGUGCGUUGCUGGAUAUGAAAAGCUACCUAUCGCCCGAGUACGUCAACAGUCUCGGCAAGAAGAUCAAUUUUUCCGAAUCGGAUGUUGAGAAGAUGUGGAUCUACUCGCUCGGAGUAACGCUGCAAAAAACCGUCUCAUCCUUUUCGGUCAACUAUCGGCGGCACGGCGGUGGUAGCGGCGGAAUGAUGAAUGGGCAUCACAAGCAGCAGCAGCAGCAACAACAGAAGCUGCUGCUGCUGACAGGAAGCGGCAACAGCGGCAACGACGACGUCGAGGACGACGACGGUUUAACUGCGCUGGACCACGUCAUACUGGCGAUGUGCGAAGCGAGUCUCUACAAGCGGGCCAGUCUGAUGUUUCUGCUGGAUAUCAUCUCCGACUACUGCAAGAACCACCACCUGUACAAACCAUUCUCGCACAUGGUGAUCGACCUGUUCAAGGAGGUCGUCGCAUCCGUUUCCACCCGGAUCGAAGUGAAACCGCAUCCGCCCCCGCCAGCGCCUCCACCGCUAGCGAAAAUCAAACAAAUGAUCGAAUCCUACGAGGAGCAGAAAAGCGAUACCGAUUCCGGGCGCAGCUCGGAUCACGGUGAACUGGAAGUUCACCGGAAGCCCGCCGGGGGAUUACAACAGCAACAGUUGCCGCCUCCGGCGGCUGCUAUCAAUUACGGUAUCACCAUUAGUGGUCACGAUCUGGAACAGGCCCGUUAUUUCGGUUCGACGGCCAAUCUGCGGGUGAAACGAGUGGAUUCGAUUUCGCAACCAUCAGCACCGGCAGCGCCGUUGGCGGAUUCCAACAAAUUUCGCUCACUUCCGCGACCAACGGAGUCGAACCGAUUGGCGGCACUGGAAGCGCCGGUGCGGAACUACGCAACAAUCGGUUACUCGAAAAGUAUUCGAACAACGGCGGCGCCGACGGCGCCAACCGAUAACGGUGGGGAACCGAAGAAGCAGCAGCAGCAGCAACAGCUGCACGUCGUUCGCCGGCGGCACAACGCCGAAAUGCAACGGAAGCGAAACGAUUUUCGCCGGAAUACCAUCGACGUUACGAUGGUUGAGGUUAAGAUGGCCGAAGUUCAGCAGCAGCAGCAGCAGCAGCGGCUGCUGAUGCGCAGCCAGAGCCGGCUGGUGCCGUCCAAGUCGACGAAUCAGCUGAAUGUGAUCGAUGCUGGUGGGGGUGACUUGCAGCGGAAGAUAGGCGAGAUGAGCUUUAAUGCUACGUCGAUGCCCAAUCUUGGAGCUCCGCUGGUAUCGAUGCAGCACGUUAAUAAUUUGAAUACGGUUGGAAGGCGGAGGGAGGAUUACCCGCUGCGGAAGUCCAACAGUAGGGUGGAAGCGUUGGAUGAGUUGGAGAAGGGAGCCAUACUGGUGGAUGCUUCCAAAGGUCCGGAAUUUGUUCGGAAUGCUGGCGGUGCGCCGAAGGUUAUCGAUUUGACUGAUUCGAAGACUCAACACCGCCGAACUGUCACCAUUCUGAUGCUUAAUGGAUCGAAAGUGAACGUUGUUUGUAAUCCAACCACCACGGUAGCCCGGCAGGUGUUCGAAGCUAUCCUGCGGAUGGACCACCUGACGGAGAACUUCUUCCUUGGACUGUGCGCCCUCAUCGGAGGAGAUUUUGUAUUCUUACCGCAUGAUUUAAAGAUCUACAAGGUCGCACCACAAAUUUGGGUCAACACAUCGAAAAAAUCCGCUGCUUUGGGAGAAAACGUCGUUUUUACACUUUAUCUACGGAUAAAGUUUUUCCUUCCGACAUUGCGUGGCGUUAGCUGUUUGGAAUCGCGCCAUCUCCUGUACCUGCAACUGCGCAGAAGCAUUCUCGAGCGGCAGAUUCUCUGCUCCGAGGAUGACCUCAUCACGCUGGGUGGCCUCGCGCUACAGGUGGAAGUCGGCAGCUUUCGGGAAAAUAUGAAAUACAGCGAAUAUUUUACCAUUUCGCACUACCUUCCGGAGGAAGUGUACCGUAAGAAGAAGGAGCUGGCCAAGUAUCUGCGGAAUUCGCACUUUUGCAAGCGUGGCUUGCAUCAGCUCGAAGCGGAGCACAACUUCAUCCGUUACGUGCAGGAACUGAAGGAAUACGGGCUGCAUCUGUACAGUGCCACGUGGACAACGGAGGAAAAUCUAACGCUGGAAGUGUAUGUGGCCAUUUCGCUCAGCGGAGUGGCCAUCUUCGAGCGAAAUCUGAAAUUUAACCCGAAGGGUGCCCAGCAGGAGUUCAUCAACGGGAAGAAUUGCUACCAGCGGCAUCUGUAUGCGUUUUUCGAUUGGUUGGAAAUUGAAAACAUUUGCUUCUCGAAGCACGUGUUUUGUGUGGUCGUUCGGCGUACCGAAAGUUUAAAUCCGAAGGACAAAACCCGCGUUAAGUACAAGCUGAGAAUGGACGGGCGAAAGAGUUACUUCGCCUUCAACCUCGCAUCGGAACAUCAUAAAUUCUACAUGAAGCUACGCAACUCUUUCGUCUCCAUUAAAGCCCUCUCGAACGAACUGAACAUCCCGAUCGUCGAACCGGGUCGACCGGGUUCCGCCACAGCGGACAAUGCCUCUACUAAAGCCCCCAAACUGAACGUGGCCGAAGUCGACGAAAAGGCAGCUUUCGACGCCAAGCACGUUGACAAAAUCGACAAACCCUUGAAGACUACGGCCUUGCGCGUACGAAACCUCAAAAAAUCCAUGCUAAACGAUACCCGUCUGGCGAAGCUUCGCCAGAAAUUCCUCAUUAAACGGUCCAAAUCUUCGGUGGAAGGACCACAACCGUCGGCCUUGAACGAAUCCGUCGAAAUCGCAAACCAGCAGAAUCAAAAUAAGGAAAACGAGAACCCAGCCUACGGUUCGGGCGGUAAUUCGUCCUGUUCGCCGCAGGCGAUCUACCCAGCAUCCUCCGAGCUGAACCUAACCCCGGACGAUUCCCCCAAAACCUACAACAGCGUCAACCGAAACCGGGUGAAAAUGGGCACCCGCGUCUUUUCCACUCAAUACCUGAACAAAUCGUUCGAUAACCUGUACGACAGUCCGGCUGGAGGAGGUGGCCCGCUGAGCGGGGCCAGCUCCUUCCAGAACCUAGCCAACGGAAGCUUCAACGAGGACGACGAACUGCACCUGAUGAUGGACUACGACCGGGUGGUCGCUCCGCGCCAGCUCCACGAAAGCAGCGUCGACGACGCCCUCUCACUAAAGAGCAGCAUGGGUUCCGUGUACUUUAUGGAAAAGAUCGACGAGCGCUCCGGCGGGGGUAGCGAGGAAACCCUAUCGCCGAAGGCGUGCGUUAUUCAAUCAAACAUCCGCAGCGAGAGUGGUCACUUCGAGCUACCCAACGAAACCAUUUCCGACACACUGCUGGAGAAGUUCAACAACCUGAGCUGCAGCGCAGCGAUCAACGAUCGCAUCCUGACGUCCGUGAUUGUGGUGAAAGAUUUCAUCAACCCGAACGAACCGCAACGGCCACCGAGCAACAAAACGCAAGCCCUCAUCCGGAAGCGUUCGUUCCUGUCGCGAAGUCAGGAAUCAGUGCUGUUCCGCAGCGGAGCUGCCCGUUUGUCGGCCGCCUUCGGCGGUGAUGAUCUCAGCUCCGAUGGGGGCAUAGCGGAUUGUGGUAGCAGCGGGGAGGAUAGCCGGGGCGCUCGUUAUACCCUCGGAAUCAGUAUAGUUCAAGGUAAUGACAAUACGGUGUACGUGAAGGAUUUGGUGCCGAACGGGCCGGGGGCCCGUGCCGGUGUGAGGAUUGGUGAUCAAAUCAUCGCCGUGGAUGGGCGAUCACUGCUUAACCUGCCGUACAACGAAUCCCUUGCGGUUCUUCAGAACACCGGUCGAACGGUGGAGUUGGUCCUGUCGCAGGUUUACCUGCGACCAGCACUAAGCGCCAGCGCACUGAACAUCAACAACAACAACAGUUGUCAGAAGCGACCCAGCUAUCAGCAGCACAACGAUUCGGAUUUGUACCCCUCAAAAUUGGACGCAGUCCGAUCGGCCGUCAAUGCCGUUUCCAAAUCGAACAGUUUGUACAUUAAAAAUGGAAUGCAGCAGAACUCUACGGCACAAUCGGUGCGGAAAAGCCCCGUCGUUGGUGGCGGGAAGGCGACCUACGAGGAUAUUGGACAUCAUUUCGAAGCGAUUCGAUCCUACUAUCAGCAGCAGCAGCAGCAGCAAAGUCAGAACUUAGCAGCGCAACAAGCGAUGGACGAUCGGAAGCAGCACCAACGGUACACCAAAAAUGUGGCCGACAUCCUGCGGAUGAGGAAUCGCGUGCAGGACAGUGUUGUUCCCGGGCAAGGUGCGCCGGGACUGUUCGGAGCGCUGAGUCCCUCCAAGAGUAUGCCCGAUUUGCCGAAGAUCCUCCAAGCGUACAACAAACCAACGACGGUCAGUCCGACCAGCUCGUCCAGUGGGUCCUGUUCGCAUCGUUCGACCUCGGGGCAACCGAAGUCCCUGCCGGGCCCGAAAUCGAUGGGCCUCUCGCGGAAGUACACCGGCCCCGCUCGCUUUCCCGUAACGCCCGUUAAGGAUAGCCUGCGCACCGUCCUGCCCGCUCGUCCCAGCAGUCGCAUCCAGCUGUCCCUGUCGAACGCAUCCGAGGACGAGCAGGUGUUCAUCUGA